GGCUGGACCUAAAAAUAAGAAAAAGAAAGUAUAAGUGAUGAGCUUGAGCCCCCGCCCGGCCCAGCUGGGUUAGGGAAAUUAGGGCAAUAAAUAAAUAUAAUCGACGGGCAGCUGCCUAGAGCAGAAAAAGCGCAGAAGAGAAGAGAAGAUUGAGAUUGAGGUUGAGGAUGGCAUCAAAAUUGACAUUGAAGGCCAAGGGGAAGUCAACAAGCAGCAGCAAGAGAGGAGGUGGAGGAGGAGGAGGAUUGAGCGACAUGGAAAUCCCCAAACCUCUCAAGGAAUGGCCCACCUGGUUCCUCAAAAAGGCCAAGGUCGUCGCUCACUACGGCUUCAUCCCCUUGAUCAUCGUCAUCGGCAUGAACACCGACCCUAAGCCUUCCAUUGCUCAGCUCCUCAGCCCCGUUUGAUUUUCCUUUUUGAGAAUUAGCCUUAUUAUUAUUAUCAUCAUCAGUAUAACCUUGGAUUUUAUAUUUUCCAAUAAGCUUUCAUUGUGGAUUAUCAUAUAUCUGUUCCCGUUUGUGUAUUAUUACCCUUUCCAAUUCUUGUGUUUUGCUUCUUUUAGUUUUAAUUACUGCUUGGGAUUAUUAUAUGUGUUACUUAUCUAUAAAGCUUUUCUAGGCGGUGCCUUGAUGCUUUCUGA